CCCAUUUCCAUCUGCUUGGUUUCUCACCAUCCCCCGCCGCAUCAUUUCCCCCAUCUUGGCAUCUUCCGUCUCCCCUUGAGGCCGCGUUCCUCCAUCGCUCUUCCUGUAGGUAAACUGUAAUCUUAGGGGCCCUUGGUCCCUCUCUCUCUCUCUCUCCUCCCGUACCAUCAAGUAUCUUCACCGAAGCAAAGAGCCGAAGACAUCCAAAGGAAGCAGAAGAAGAAAGGAAGGAAGGGAGAAGCAGUCGGUCUCAGCAACAAUGGCGGCUUCGGCAGCCUCAGAAGUAUCAGAAGGCCCAGUCCUUUCUCUCAUGACCAAGCGUCUUCGUGCUCUACGGAAGAAAUACAACCGAAUCGUUCAGUUGGAAGAGAACAUCGUUCAGGGUAAAUCCAUAAACAAGGAGCAAGAGGAACUCAUACGCUCCAAGCCUGCCGUUGUUGUUCUCAUUGAUGAGUAUGAGAAGCUAAGGCAACCCCUCUCCGCCGCCCUUCAAGAGGAGCUUAACCUUGCCCUCCAACACCAACAGGUCUCUGCUGCUCCUCCUGUCGUCGAUGAUGCCACUAAGGAUACUAAAGAAGACAAGGACGAGAGCAGUGAGCCCCAGAAAGUGAGCAGCGAAGGCCGUGAUGAUGCUGACAUUGAGGAUCUGUUGAAGCUGCUCUACUUCGGGUGCUUGUUCGAUGUGAAGCUCCAGAGUGAUUUCACGUCAACCAUGCUUACAAGGACUCAUGAGCGUGGUUGCUGCUUGACCUACGAUUACGUGACCGAUGAGGCCACAGAUCUUCUUGGGGAGAGGGAUUUGGAUUUGAUUUCUAUGCUUGGCAGUCUCGUGAUUUCCCGCCCUCUUCAUUCGGGUCUUUCUCACAAGAACGCUCUUCGGAGCUGUGUUGAGCAUGCUAAGCGUUGGCUCGCCAAUUCGGACCACCCUAUUGAACAGGGAGCCCCUAUUACCUAUGCUGCAUUGAGGGAACGGCUAAACAAGAUUUUGGCGUCAGACUACUUCACCACUACUCCGGAGAUGAAGGCUCCGGUGGAAGUGGUUGCUGCUGCGGGAAAGUAUGUUCCCUCCCAAGUGCCUGUGCAAGACUCUACGGUUACAUCGCCAGUUCCUAUCCAAGUCGAAGGUGCAUAUGCAAAUUACCAGCAGAAGGAUGAAGAGCCAGCAAGCUUUGAAGGACAGGAAACUGGUGCUGAUGAAUCAAGUCCCGUUGAGGAACUUUCCAAGGAUGAAACAGUGGUGGCAAAUACUGUGGAAGUUAUUACAUCAGCUCAACAGGAACAAAAAGCACAAGAAGUGGAGGAUCAGAGUCAGAGGGAGGUGGAGUCAAAGGAGCAACAGUACAUUCCUCGAAGGACAUAUCAGAAUCAGAGAGGCAACCGUGGUGGUAAUGGUGGUGGUGGUGGGCGUAGGGGUUACGGUAAUGGUCGUGGGGGUCGAAGUGGCAGAGGUGGUGCAGGGUAUCAGAAUGGUCAGAACCAAUACUAUGAGCAACCCGGGAACUAUUAUUCUAAAAACUAUUACAACAGCAGGGGAAGGGGAGCAAGAGGUUCUGGUGGGAACAAUUACAACAAUCAUGGAUCAGCAGCUCAUGGCAGUCGCACCCAGGCUGAUGCUGAUUUGGGUUCAUGAUCGAGCUGGUAGAUAAUUUUAUCUUGUCUGCUUUCUGGUUUUGAGGGGGUCGUAUUGCAUCUGAAAGAAAAACUGUGGAUUAUAUAGAAGGUACUGUGGAUUAAUGUACCCUCCCUAGUGCAUUUUGUAGUUAGGUCAAGGGGGUUUCAUGUGAAAAGAACUUGGCAAGACCUUCUAAUUAACAAUUUGGACCUCACCAUCAUUUGAUGUUGUGUCUGCAAUUAAUCAAAAGAUUGGAAGCAGGGUUGAAAAAUUCAUGAAA